AUGCACGCCGUAGUGGGCAUUCUGGAUCGGCGGGAGACACUGGUAAUCUCGAGGCAAAUACCGCAUCGAUGCACUUUUGGUGGGAAGCCGUUUCGGUCGACCAAUAGAACGUGCACAACUGGAUUGUCAAGGGUAAUCAAACAGAGACCAUCCGAACCAAAUUCUUGA